GGAGGUGAAUGAAAGCUUCGUGCCCUAAAGGUAAUGUGAGAACAAGGCUGUUUAGACUCGGUACGUGCAUGUUUUAUCCCUGUCUGGGGGGACAGCUCUCAGGUCAAAUGAAGGAAGCAGAGAAUCGAGAUUUUAUUUAAUUGUAAUUCUUCUUUAUGUGAAGAGUGAUGGUUAGGGGACGACUUAGUUGUAUUAAAGAACUCUUUCAUGGAGGUAGGAGUACUGUAGAGAAACUAACAAAGGUAUAGGUGGUAAGGCAGGAUUCCAGUAAACAGAACGAGCUGUGAUAAUCUUCUGGUGUCUCAGAAAGAAUAGUUAUAAAUGCUGUUCUGUCUGUGACAUCUGUUUUGUGAAAGACAAAACUUACUUAGCAAAAUGUGAGAAUGCUGUUACUGACCUUCUGUCACAGUUUUUUAUUCCCAAAAAGUCAGGCUGUUGAAGACGGUAUGACAGUCAUAGUUAUUUGUUGUCUCACUUUUCCUACUUAGUGUCUGUGGUUUUUUUAAACCAAAACGAUUUUUGUGCUCCUGAAAAAUACCAGUCUUAUUUUUGCAUCCAAGUAGUAGCAGCAAGUGACAGUUUUCAUUUCUUACUCUGAAUUUUUUUAGCGUAACGCAGCUUCUCCUUUUGCAGUUUUGAAACGUCUAAUGCUGUCAGUCUUUUGUUUUAAAGUGAGAGGGAGAAAAUCAUCCUAGCACCUAAUGGAUAUAGGAGGCGUGUGUAGCUUAGUAAUAGACUCAUAAAUCCAAAUGUCCUAGAACUUGGUCAUAUGCUGACUGUUCAGUAUUUUCAUUACAAAUGAGUCUGUGCAGAGAUCCUUAAGUACUUUGGGUCAGCACUUAAAUGGGUGGUCUAAAAAUGCCGAAGGUCUGAUAUGUGAAGUAUACCAGCUUCAAGCAUGGUUGCCUGGGCCUGGAGUUAGUGAUUAUAUUUCUUACAAGACACAAAGAUAGAUACCUAUAAGCCUUGACAAUUUUCUUAAGCAAAUUGUUACUGAGCGAAAUCAAGGGUAAGUCAAAAUUUAUUUGAAGUGUGUUGGUCAAAGCUGCCACCGGACUUGCAAAGAAGAGCUGAGAGUCUUUGUUGUAACUGAUGACCAAGUUGAAGUAUUCAAAGGAUCUACUUUGAAGGUGUUGAUACAGUUAGCAUCUAAAUAGUGCUGCAUCCUUCGUACAGUGUGAAGUGCCCUGUAAUAGGGAAAUCAGAACUAAGGUCUCUGCGGGUGGCUUUGUGUAUUUUCUGCUUUAAAAACUACAGCUGGAGUUUUAAAAAUACAAGCACAUGCUCUUAAUGUGCUUUUAGAUUUCAGUUAGCUUUAGGCCUUUCACUUAGCACAAUUCUUUGUACGUAACUUAAAUAUUAUUCCAAUAUUUACAUGGUCGGCUGGUUAUGAAGUUCCUACACAGCUGUAUGAAAUGAGUGAUUCUUCUGGCUGGCAGCCCGUAAACUACAUUACACUUUACCAAGAAGGCUGGCGGUGCUUCUGUAAACGUCUUGUGAGCAUCUGAUGCCAGAAGUGACCUCAGGAGAUGGUCUGGCUCUCGUCUCUGGGCCUGUCCCUGCUCUGGCCUGGUGGGUGGGUGUGUGGUUCGAGGUUCUCAUGGCUGCCUUGAGACAUGCUGGAGGUAGGACACUGCUGACCAGAGCUGCUAGGAGGGCUUUCUGCUUGUGUGUGGUUCAUGUAGUUUUCUUUAUUGUUGUGAGCAGUGGGAAAUAGAAAGUUACUUGUUACAUCACUUUUAAGCAUAUCUCAUUAUUACAGGAGUCACUUAUUAGCUACCUGAAUUACAUUCGCUCAACAUACCAUAUGGAGGUACCUCAGCUGCUUCAGGAUGAAGUCUGCCAGCCGAACGUGGAGCAAAAGAAAAUCCAUACACACUAAACUCAGUUUAAAAGAAAAUGUUUUUCCAUUGCAGAGUGCGUUGUAGACUGAGGUCUCAAAGUUAUUCUGGUUUGGCUGCAGGACAGUCGCAGAUUUCUGUAAUUUACAGAAUUGACUGAGGCAGAAUAAAGUAAAUAUUUGUACCACAGCAACUCUCAGAUGUUUACAGCGCAAUGCAUCUGUGUCAGAUAUCUGAGGAUCACGGUUUCUGUUGGUUCCCUAAGCUGCAGCUUUGCUGUAGCGAGAUGAGCUGGCUGUGUCGGAGCACAAAGGAGCUCUUGCCCUGGCGUGUGCUGCUUCAGUGAUUCAUAACACGUAUCAAAGUGUUAAAGGUCUGUCAUGCUGUGCAGAAGUUAUGGUGAACCCUGGAAAAAUGAGGAAGGAAUAUUGUUUUACAGUCUUUUGCAUGUUAAAGGAAAAAAGAAAUCAUUAAAUGAUGAUUUGCUUUCCUUGUAAGUGCUGGACCUUGAAAGUUAUAUGGAUUUUGGCAGGGAAGCGAGGGGAGGUUGAUGGUUUCAGUAGAUGGACAUGAACUGCUCAGUGACUGAAUCUUUGUUUUUUUGAAAUUGGUAGAUUCCAGCUCCUCCAGGUUUGAGUUACUUGCAGUGGAAUACAUGAGUUUGCUCGUGUAGAAGUAUGUAAAGUUUGUGCUAGGUGGGAAAUUGGAUGGAAUCUGCUAUGGGAUCUGAGUUCAGCUUUCCUGAAAAUUGGUGGUGUCACCUCGAGUGGCUGCAACCUUUGACUGUCUUAACUUCCCCACUGUGCGUUGUCUUGCUCAUAGCCUCAGUAGACUCCUAAAAACAAGUACUGCUGCUCUGUAAAUUAGUUCAUUAACUUAUUUACAUUACAGAACCACCUGGAGGCACCCUUCCAAGAUUAUACACUAUUUAACUAACUGGACUUGGGUUUGCUCUGUGAAAAUACAAUAAUCCUAACAAAUCAUUCCACCCACCUAAUAAAAUAGGAUGAAGGAUGUAGUAGGAAAGGAUUUAAAACUUUUAAUGGGGCUAAGUGGAAAAGACAAUGAAAAAUAAUCAGCAUGUAAGGUAUUGUGUGGUUAGAGAAUGUAAAAGAAAGGGAGGGAUUCAAGCAUGAUGCCUGUGUGUUGAAAAAGCUGUUUAAGGAAUGUGCCUUCCAUGAGCAAAUGUAGUGAAGUACCUUUCCCUUCUCUUUCCCUAUCACUUCUCACAUUAUUAUUCAUUUUUUCUUAAGCUAACCUCAUACAAUUAGCUGCACACAGCGAGCUACAGAUCUGAAACAUCUGUCCCAGUGUUUUCAGGCUUUUUUUUUUCCCCAUUGUGAACAUGAAAUGUUUUUAUGCCCUGUGUCUUAGCAGGGUGCUCGUAGAGAGUGCAGAGAGUGGGUUUCUCCUGCUCGGUCUUGAACGGAAGGAUCUCCGGUGACGUCUCGGGGCUGGAUGUGAAGUGACAGCGCAUGGCGUUGAGUGUUCCAUGUGGAACCCAGGGAACCUGAAGGAGGCUGCAAAAGCUAGUGGAAUGAUUCCCUGUGUAGCUGAAGCUAUGUUAGUUGACUGCCGCUAAUGGCAUGGUGAAAUGUGUUGAAGAGCAGCUGCGAGGGUGUCUGACGGCGAGGGGACUGCUCUAGAAGCUGGGCUUGCAACAUCAUGGGCCAGUGUGUCACAAAGUGUAAGAAUCCUUCGUCUACCCUUGGCAGCAAAAAUGGGGAAAGGGAAUCUGGCAGCAAGUCGCACAGUAAGAGAAGCGCAGUCCACAAAGACGACCACGCUUCAGCUUGUGGGAAGUCUUCAGGAGAUAUACUCGUGAACGGGACAAAGAAAGCGGACACUGCUGUCGAGUCUAGCCAGCCUUCAACGUUUCCUGGGGAUACAAAGAAAGACUCUGUCUCCAGUGCGGAAGAAUCUUCACUCCAAAGGAUUGGAGAGUUAUUUAGGAGAUACAAGGAUGAACGGGAGGAUGCCAUACUGGAAGAAGGAAUGGAACGAUUUUGCAAUGACCUCUGCGUUGAUCCCACUGAAUUUAAAGUGCUAGUUUUGGCUUGGAAAUUCCAGGCUGCUACCAUGUGCAAAUUUACAAGGAAGGAGUUUUUUGAAGGCUGCAAAGCAAUAAAUGCGGACAGCAUUGAUGGCAUUUGUGCAAGGUUCCCCAGCCUCUUAAAUGAAGCCAAGCAGGAAGAUAAAUUUAAGGAUCUCUACCGUUUCACCUUUCAGUUUGGCCUGGACUCUGAGGAAGGACAGAGGUCGCUACAUCGGGAAAUAGCCAUUGCCCUUUGGAAAUUAGUCUUCACCCAAAACAAACCCCCCAUUUUGGACCAGUGGUUACACUUCCUAGUCGAGAACCCCUCAGGAAUCAAGGGAAUCUCCCGGGACACGUGGAACAUGUUUUUAAAUUUUACUCAGGUGAUUGGACCAGACCUUAGCAACUACAGUGAAGACGAGGCGUGGCCGAGUCUCUUUGAUACCUUUGUGGAGUGGGAAAUGGAGCGAAGGAAAAAGGAAGAGGAAACCAAAUGUAUUGCAUCUUCAGACACAGAGGGUCUGUGUACAGAAGAACAGACUUACAGCAUUUAAGCAGUGGUGACAAAAGCAACCUGUUGCCCUUCAUGAAAUGUAAACUCUGGAUGUUUCUGGAGAUUACCAAGGCUCCAGAUCUUUUCUACUUUACACCUUUUUCUGCCUUGUAUUUGAAAGGGCUCUAAAAUGCUGUAUCAUGUUUUAGGCACUUUCUUAAUUUUGGUUAUUCCUUUUACUCUUGCCCUGAAAUAUUUGACUCUGGCUACAAGUUAAGCAUUUUUGGUUUCUUUUAAGACUUCAGAUUAGUAUAAGUAAGUCUGAUAUUUCUUGCACAAUGUAGAUCUUUUUAGUUAGGUUAAAUUAACAUUGCUAAAUUAUACAGUGCCAGAUUAAGUUUUUCAUACUACAUCUGUCAGGGCAGGUUUGUACUGUGUGUAGUGCUGUUUACAUUGUUGAAAUUUUAGGCUGUAAUAAUUUUAAGGUUUUAUACCAAGACAAAUAGCAGUGUUAACUGUUAACUAUAAAUGCAUUAAUCCCCUGGUAAUAAGGCUCUUAAAAAAAAAAAAAAAUUCCAACAUAAGCAACAGCUUUUUGUAAUAUGGCUAAUUCCCACUUCAAGCUAACUCUCAGCGAUUGAGUCCAGAUCAUUCCUUUUUUCUCAGAGUUUCAAACUAAAUGUUGGGAUUGUUUUAUAAAAUUACUGUACCUGUCAGUCAACUGAGUGGUAGAUGAUGAUUUGUAUCUAAAUCUCUUAUACAACACAUAAUAAAAGAGCAGUACUACCUCAGUUUUAUUGAAAGUGGACUUCUUGAUGGAAUUCCAUUUUCUCUGGAAGUUGUAUUUUUGUGGUUACACGAGAAUAUUUUUACUUGACUAAAAGAACCAAAGGUUCUGCUUCUUAAGUUUGUUAAACAUUGACAGAAGCAACACACAAGCCCUAAGUCUUCAAGGAAAACUGUGGUAUAAUUCUGCUUUAAUUUGUUUGAUUUAUACCUAAAGUAUUAUCUUACUUGUCUGGCAAGCACAGUACUUCUAUGUAAGGAACUAUCUUUUGCAUUAAUAUUGAUGAACCGAUUUUUUUAAACCUAUGUUUAAUUGCUAAAUCGCAGUUAAUACUCCACACUUGCUGGAGCAACAAUAUCGGCAUCUGAUGACAAAGUGAAUUCUUAAUAUGUUCUUGAUGACAACAGUGUAGAUGAGUCAUUUUUAGACUGAUUUGAUAAUAUUUGGAUAGGAGUCAAUUUAUUAUUUUACAAUACUUGUAUUGGGACUAUUUGCCUGUUGAAACUGUUGUGACUUAAAGGGAGUUUUAUUAACA